GAAAGCUGUGAGGAACCUCAGCUAGCGACCACUGAGGAGUCACCGAUGGAAACUGGCCCCGACACCGGCCAAACAGAGAGCUCAGCAACGAAACUGAGCGAGGAGGAGGUGAAGGAGAUUGAGGAGGAGGAUAACAUCACCCCACUCUCGGAGAAAUACCCAGAGCCCGGGAGGUAUUUGAAGCUAGGGGAGCCAAUCGGGCAGGACCCCAACGGAGUCGUCUACAUUGGAUGGCACCAAAGAAAACAACGGGAAGUGGCCAUAAUUAUAAUUCAACAUCAGAAGAAGCAACAGGAGAUCAAGAAAGAAGUCGAAAUCCUGCAAAUUGUAUCUGGCCACCAAAACAUCGUCGACUUCUAUGGGGCCUUUUAUCAUAAGGCCUCAUCAAAACAUGGAGGACUAUGGAUUGCUACAGAGCUUUGUACCGGUGCGACUGUAGAAGAGCUAAUUGCCACCAAAAGGACCUUAGGCGAAAGAUGGAUCGCCUAUAUUUGCAAGAGUGUGAUAACGGGCCUUAACCAUCUGGAAGAGAAGAAUAUAAUCCAUCACGACAUCAAGCCCGAACACAUUGUCAUCUCCUCAUCCGGAGAAGUGAAGAUCGGUAAGCGACACAAGGAUAUUUUUUUCUCCGUGGUGUUUACUGCUGGCUUGUAUUUCUAACUAAACAUUAACAUUCCUGCUUUUGUCAUACAAU